AUGUUUGGUCAACACCCUCGAGGUGAUUCCGAAUUUUGGAAAGUUGUAAGAGAUCAAGGUAUUGUUGAUGAAGAACAUUUACCUUCACCGAUCGAAAGUAUUCAGGAUAAUGAUGUUGAUAAAGAAAUUUCUGUUAGUACAUCUAAGACAAUUGAUAAUAUAAUUGAUAAUAUUGAUUAUCAAGAAUCUCUUAGUUCAAAUGUAACAUGUUUACCCAGUCCUCUAAAUGCUAGCAGCUCUCAAUCUACUUCUCAAUGCCUUCUUGAUUUAUCACCAUCUACUCUGCAUGUUUCACUUCAACAACCGUUGAUUGUUAAUGAUAACCCAGUAACAGAAAAUCUAAUAUCUUUUAAUUCGCCUCCAUCUCCUCAACGAGUAUCAGCAACACUUUUUGACUUACAUAAUUUAACUUUCAGCCCAGUCACAUGUUUAAGUAACGAAAAUAACGUAGUACUUUCAGAUUUACAGUCAAUAUCUACAGCACCUGCUACGAAUUCUAUUUCAAAAAC